ACUGAGUCGACUUUUGGAGCCAGGGAAGAUCUUCCGCUCUUCCUUUUACACCUAUGCUUCCCACGCUUCUUUUAUAUAAUUCUCCAAAGCUUAGGUGUUCUAUGUGGUUGGUCAGAAUCCCAGCUGCCCCCUUUUAAUCCUCUUGACUUUCCUGUUCACAUAAAUGGGAACCUCGUUGCCCAUGAUUUACUUAAUCGCUUUUUUCAGACGUUUAACUGUCGAAGAAUCCCUCUCACGAAGGCCGAACCUUCUUCAUCUUCUCCGAAUCAAUCUAUCCUAAAAAAAUUUUUGCAGGCAACACAGCAAAGGAUCAUGUCUUGGAAUGAAUAGGUCUGGCAUAUUUCCCAAGAAGAAGUUGCUAUUACUUCUGAGUACAUUUAUUCACUAUUUACUGAUAGGUAGAAUUUUGAGAUUGCAUUUCAAACUGGGACAAUGAAGUGUUUCCAAUUCUCAAAUGGAGAGGGGAAGCAAAAUCCCCCAAUGAAGAAGUCUGCAUCAGGUCUUUCAAGCAGCACCACAUCAACUGAUCAUGAAAUGAAGAAAUCAGGAUCUGAAUUGAACUCCAGAAAUGUUUCUAGCUUGAGUUCAGAAUCUGUUGAGAGACCUCCUUUUCCUAGUUUGCAUCAGAAGCCAAAUAAUCUUAGAAAAUUCACUUUUGAAGAACUAAAAGUUGCUACUAGAAAUUUCAGCCGCUCAUUGAUGCUUGGAGAAGGUGGUUUUGGAUGCGUAUAUAGGGGCAUAGUGAAGGGUCAUGAGGAUCCAUACGCAACCAUUGAAAUUGCUGUUAAACAAUUAAGCCGCAAGGGCUUGCAGGGACAUAAGGAAUGGUUGACUGAGGUAAAUGUUUUAGGAGUGGUUGAGCAUCAAAAUCUUGUCAGAUUAGUUGGCUAUUGUGCUGAAGAUGAUGAAAGAGGAAUUCAGAGGCUGCUUGUUUAUGAAUAUAUGCCAAAUAGAAGUGUAGAAUAUCACUUGUCACUAAGAAUUUCUGCUCCUCUUUCAUGGUCCAUGAGGUUGAAAAUAGCUCUCGAUGCAGCUCGUGGUUUGACAUACUUGCAUGAAGGGAUGGAUUUUCAGAUUAUUUUUCGAGAUUUCAAGACAUCCAACAUUUUAUUGGAUGAGCACUGGACUGCAAAACUAUCAGACUUUGGCUUGGCAAGACAGGGACCAACAGAAGGAUUAAGUCAUGUUUCAACCGUGGUGGUUGGUACGGUCGGCUAUGCUGCUCCCGAGUAUAUUCAGACCGGUCGUCUCACCACGAAGAGCGACAUUUGGAGCUAUGGUGUGGUUCUCUAUGAACUCAUAACUGGCCGCCGUCCUAUGGAUCGAAAUCGGCCCAAGGGUGAACAAAACCUCUUGGAAUGGGUCAAGCCAUACAUGGCUGAUGCAAAGAAGUUCCACUUGAUUACAGACCCGAGAAUGGGAGCAAACUUCUCAAUAAAGUCUGCAAUGAAGCUUGCUGCAGUGGCCAAUAAGUGCCUUAUCAGACAGCCUAAGUUGAGGCCAAAGAUGAGUGAGGUGCUCCAAAUGGUGCAGAGUAUUGUUGACGAUCAAGAGUCUGAAGCUCCUCCUCAAACGCCCAUAAGUACACCAUAUGAGAAGGCAUCAGAGCGGAGGAAGAGCAGAGGAGCUGAGUCGAAGAUUAGGAUAGGAGAUCUGAAAAUGUUAUGGCGUGAAUGGGCGCCAAAGCUUGUUAGAGCUCAUUGAGGCCAUCAUAGAUAAAAUUAUGCUUGUGUGAAUAUGCUCUUGAGAUACAGUUCUUGAUAAGGAACUUAUGGGUACUCUUAAUAAGGUUAAGGUUGGUGUCCAUUGAGAGACCUAUGAACUUCUUAUAUGUCAAGAUUAAUGCAUCUACAAGCAGAAGUCUUUAAGAGUUGAUCCGAGUUCAACUUUUUCUUUACAUCCA